GAGUGGUAUUCGUGUUACCACAGCAUGUUGUCACUGUAUGCGAUUUUGCUCAUCCCGGCUUGGAAAUAAGAAUAGGGAAAGGAGAGCAACUUGAAUCAGAAGCCGCUAGAAGAGCGGGCAGAGUUCCGCAGCAGUUUAUAUUUGUUCUUACAUUUUGCCUUCUUCUAACUGGAAAACAGAGAGACUGGCAGUUUUUAAACGGGCUUUUCCCAUAAUGGCAUUCUUGUAUUGUGUGGCCAGAGCUCGCACAGGAGGAAAGCAGGCUGCCGAAUUUAGUCACUGAUCUCUAUUAGCUGUGGCCUAAGGCUAUGCUGAGGUUUAUAUCCCAUUUGUAUUGUUGCAGCUCAAAAGAAGAAUGUUCAGAGGAUGACAAGUGUAUUCUGAGUAGGUAUGUUGUUUCAUUUUCCUGUGAAACCCUUCUGUUUUUUUUUUCCUGCUACUAUUGGUCAGAAAUCAGGUUAAUAGGUGCAGAAUAUAGUACAGGGCUGCAGUAUCCCUGUUAAGGUAGAACAAUGGUGUUGCAAGCUUAAAAAAAAAGAGAGAGAGAGAGAGAGAGACAGAAAGAAAAAGAAAGAAAACCCCAGCCGCUUUGAUUAAAUAAAGCUGCAUUGUGUGGUAUGCACGGUGCAGUCUUAAAAAAUAUAUAUAUAUACUGCAGUCAACGCUUUCCUAACGAGGUGGCACUAUUGUUGAGUUAGAACGAUAGAAUCAUCAUCUUGCUUUAGGGGACAGGAGGAUUUAAAGGAGGUACCUUGCAGCCCUAUUUUCCAGAUUGGAAGCGUCGGUUUCAGGGCACUGGCAGGAUCGUUGGCUUGUUCUCGGCGGCUGCCGCUGCUGUGUCGGGGCUGCGUGGAAUGGAAGUCCUAGUUGGUACUCUGUCAUGGAAACGCUGUUUACUGUUAUUGUAGUACCGUAGUGACAACAUGCCAUUGAAAUGGAAAACGGGCUCUCCUGCUAUCUGGAAAUUCCCAGUUCCUGUGCUUAAAACAUCCAGGUCAACUCCACUUUCUCCAGCAUACAUAUCUCUGGUGGAGGACGAAGACCAGCACAUGAAAUUGUCCCUCGGAAGCAGCGAAAUGGGUCUCUCGUCGCAUCUGCAGUGUUCCAAGUCAGGAACCACACGCAUCUUUACCAGCAACACCCACAGUUCCGUGGUGUUACAGGGCUUUGACCAGCUUCGACUUGAAGGAUUGCUUUGUGAUGUGACCCUGAUGCCAGGUGACACGGAUGACGCCUUUCCUGUGCAUAGAGUCAUGAUGGCCUCUGCUAGUGAUUACUUCAAGGCCAUGUUCACAGGUGGAAUGAAAGAACAAGAUUUAAUGUGCAUUAAGCUUCAUGGUGUGAGCAAAGUCGGUUUAAGGAAAAUUAUUGAUUUCAUUUACACUGCAAAGCUUUCCCUUAACAUGGACAACCUUCAAGAUACACUAGAAGCUGCCAGUUUUCUACAGAUUCUGCCGGUUUUGGACUUCUGCAAAGUGUUUCUCAUAUCUGGGGUCACUUUAGACAAUUGUGUCGAAGUUGGUCGGAUCGCCAACACCUACAAUCUGACAGAAGUGGAUAAAUACGUCAACAGUUUUGUCUUGAAGAAUUUUCCCGCAUUGCUGAGCACCGGGGAGUUCUUAAAACUCCCUUUUGAGCGUCUUGCCUUCGUGCUUUCCAGUAAUAGCCUUAAGCAUUGCACUGAACUCGAGCUCUUUAAGGCCACCUGUCGCUGGCUACGCCUGGAAGAGCCUCGGAUGGACUUUGCUGCAAAAUUAAUGAAGAACAUACGAUUUCCACUGAUGACACCACAGGAGCUCAUUAAUUACGUGCAAACCGUGGAUUUCAUGAGAACUGACAACACGUGCGUGAAUCUCCUUUUGGAAGCCAGCAAUUACCAAAUGAUGCCGUAUAUGCAGCCAGUGAUGCAGUCAGACAGGACUGCCAUUCGCUCUGACACCACUCAUCUGGUCACACUGGGAGGAGUUCUGAGGCAGCAGCUGGUUGUCAGCAAGGAAUUGCGCAUGUAUGAUGAAAAGGCCCACGAAUGGAAAUCUUUAGCCCCCAUGGAUGCCCCAAGGUACCAGCAUGGCAUUGCCGUCAUUGGAAAUUUCCUCUAUGUCGUCGGCGGACAGAGUAAUUAUGACACGAAAGGAAAAACGGCGGUCGAUACAGUCUUCAGAUUUGAUCCUCGCUACAAUAAAUGGAUGCAAGUUGCAUCUUUAAAUGAAAAGCGCACCUUCUUCCACCUAAGUGCCCUCAAAGGAUACCUGUAUGCAGUCGGCGGGCGAAACGCGGCUGGUGAACUGCCCACAGUCGAGUGUUACAAUCCAAGAACAAAUGAGUGGACCUACGUUGCCAAAAUGAGUGAGCCCCACUAUGGCCAUGCUGGAACCGUAUAUGGAGGAGUGAUGUAUAUUUCAGGAGGAAUUACUCAUGAUACUUUCCAAAAGGAGCUGAUGUGCUUCGACCCUGAUACUGACAAAUGGAUCCAGAAGGCGCCAAUGACCACUGUCAGAGGUCUGCAUUGCAUGUGUACGGUGGGCGAGAGGCUCUACGUCAUUGGUGGCAAUCACUUCCGAGGAACGAGCGAUUACGACGAUGUCCUGAGCUGUGAAUACUACUCCCCUAUCCUUGACCAGUGGACCCCAAUUGCUGCCAUGCUAAGGGGGCAGAGCGAUGUUGGGGUCGCUGUCUUUGAAAAUAAAAUCUACGUGGUUGGUGGGUAUUCCUGGAAUAACCGUUGCAUGGUAGAGAUCGUGCAGAAAUACGACCCAGAUAAAGAUGAAUGGCAUAAGGUUUUUGAUCUCCCGGAGUCCCUUGGUGGCAUCCGAGCUUGUACGCUCACGGUUUUCCCCCCCGAAGAAACCACACCAUCACCUUCUAGAGAGUCCCCUCUUUCUGCACCGUAAGAUCAUCCCUCCAACUAAGAUGCUGUAGUCCUAUCUUUGCAACGUGUCAUGAAUUCUCUUCUUUUGCCCCCCUUUAGUAGUGUGUUAGGAUUAGCCUCCAGUAAUCGAUACCGAUAUUGGAAAAAAGACAACCUUGAUGUUAUUUGUGCUGUUCGUUUGGCUUAGAGUGUUUAUCAAGUGGUAACAAAACCAUUCUGGAAAUGUAUCCCGUUGAAGCUGAUGUUUAACAAAAAAAAAAAAAAAAAAAAACCAAAAACCACAAAACCACAAAAAAAAAGAACCCACCAAGGUAUUGUCUAUAAAAUGUUUCUUCAGUACUUUCUUGAUGCCGUGUACCGGGUGUGAGGUAUUUAUCAUCUCCUAUUCGAAAGCCCCAUAAACCAACUUGCAGGUGGAUUGUAACUACAACUGUGCUAAUAACUAGGCUUCAAAGUAAAAAGUUUUCGCUUUCAUCUUUGUGAGGUGUGAAAGGGAGGCGGCUCGCCCCACCAGGAGACAAUAGCGAAAGGUCGCCAACUCGCAUGAGCUCCCUCCCUCUUUUCAUAAAGUAUUUUUGACAUAUCUGUCAACCCACCUGUCUGUGUGGGUGCAUUGAGAACAUAGAAAGUUUCUUAGACACACAGGAGAAAUCGUAACUGUAACCAAACAAACAAAAAAAAAACAGCACGACCCCUGUACUUAUAAACAAGGGUUCGGGGUUUCUAAAGUGUGUAUAGACACACACACAUACAUACAUCAGACACAAAAUUUUAAACCUUGAACGGCGCGUCGGAUCAACGUGCAAAAGCCUUUUUAAAUUCCUUCCAAAAAGCAGCUUCCAUGAGAAUGGGAAUUCAGUGCAUACUGAAUUGAGGUGGAUAAGGGCUAGAAAUUUUGAGCAACUCAAUUUGUCACAAAACCAAAUUUUUCCUUCCGAGACUGUAAUCGACACCUUCUCCUUGGCUGUUGAGGUAACUUACGUAUUAUGUGUUCUGUAUACUCUCGAUUCAUAAGGUUAUUUAGCACAAAAUGUAGCAGCUUCACCUGGCGAGCUGCUUUUGCUCAGUGAUCUCAACUUCCAUGUUUUAUCUCUUUUUGUUCAAUAAAAAAGCAUUUAAUGUCA